GAAUUACUCGAAUUUCCCGAAUUGAGCAACCGGAAAGAUGUGGACCGUGUGAAUACAAUGCAUGAGAAAAUCAAGCAUUUUAUACUAAGAUUGAACAGCGAACAGAUGGACCAAACCGGCAUUGUACAGCCUGACUUGUGGCCGGCCUUGCGCGAACACGGUCUGUUGAGCCUCCAGAUUGAUCGAGCUUUUGGUGGUCAGGGUCUCACCCACAUGCAAGCGGCGCGCGCGUGGGAGGCUAUUGGUCUGGAUUUAUCUGUGUUCACAAUGCUAGAUGUGCACUCCUUGGUCUCUCGAAUUAUUACAAUGGCCGGAACUGAAGAACAACAGCGUCGGUAUCUACCGAAACUGGCUUCGGGCGAACACAUUGGUACGCUGUGUGUGACAGAGGUAAGCAGUGGCAGUGAUCUGAACGCCAUUCUUACAGAAGCUGUCCCAAGUGAGAAUGAUCAANUGUACACGAUUGAUGGCCACAAAACAUGGAUCACAAAUGGAGUCUCGGCGACACUCCUUCUCGUCCUUGCUCGCGUGCGUGACACUGGGAAAUAUGUGAGUGAAUCCACACACUUUGCACACUCGUCACCGAUAAAUAAAACCGUAGAUCACAACUUCGAAUAUCUGAUUGAGAAAUGUGCUGUGGAUCGGAUCAUCAUCAUCAUCAUCGCAGUUAAUUUUUUUAUCGUCAGAAAUGGAAGAAAUAGACAUUUUGUCGUUCAGUUAACUUUGGAAAUUUGA